AUGCAACGCAAGGAGAAGGACACGCGCAAGCUUCGCCCACAACAGCUCGUGUUUUCUACUAAGAAAGUGGGACGUAAGACAAAGACUCAACCGAAACAGCAACUAUCGUCUAUAAACGGUGAUGCAAAGCCUGCUAUACAGUCACACCAACGUGAGGGUAGCGUCCCGUCCCAUGAUGCUCAAGAGCCAGCGCGUCACCGUUCUAGCCGCAGCCAUAGCCGCAUGAACUCCGUAAAGCACAUGCGGCCGUCGCGUGCGUUGCUGUACGGUGAUCGCGCAACGGUAGCGCAAUGUGUGCGGGUGAUGGUAGAGCGGAAGACGGACGCUGCUUUGCUGGUAGACAGGAAGGGCCGGCUUACGGGCAUUCUCACGGAUAGGGACGUCGCAGUGAAGGUUGUGGCCGUGGGCAGAAACCCUAAUACAACAUUGGCGCACGAGGUCAUGACGCCUGACCCAUUGUGCGUGCCGGCUAAUGCUAGUGCAAUUGAUGCGCUCAAGACAAUGAUUUCAGGACAGUUCCGCCACUUGCCGGUGACGGACGAUGAUAAAGUGGUAGGCAUUCUGGACAUUGCAAAGUGUCUUUACGAAGCCAUCGCAAAGCUGGAGCACGCCUACCGUAAAUCGUCUGAACGGCUUGAAGAAACGGUAAAGAAGUUGCAAGACAGUCUGUCGGGGUCGACGGAAGCUAACUUGUUUGAGUCGUUACGACAGAAGCUCUUUUUGCCGACGCUCUCAGCAAUUAUCGUAGAAGGCUCUGAGGUACCGGUUUUGGGUCCGACGUCGUCAGCUAUGGAUGCAGCACGCUUGAUGCUGAUACGAAAAACUAGCGCUGUCAUGAUUUGCGAUGAAGCAGUUCAAUCUGUGGGUAUUUUCACGUCAAAGGAUUUGAUGCGGCGUGUAGUUGCUAUGUCUCUGGAGCCCAGUAAUUGCUUGCUUUCGAGUGUGAUGACACCAAAUCCCCAAACAGCUACGUUGGGAACGACGAUUUUGGAGACGCUUCAUUCGAUGCACAAUGGGCAGUUUUUACAUGUUCCUGUGUUCGCCGAUGGUACAAAGCUGGUAGGCAUUGUUGACGUGCUGCAAGUUACGCAUGGUGUUGUUCAGCAAAUGGGCACUUUUCAGAGUGUGAAAAGCGAUAGUGUGCAGCCGUUAUGGGAUCAAUUUCGUAGCAGUUUGAAAAGCGCGAACGAUGCCAUCAAUCACGACGAGGAGAUUGAGGAUGAUGAAUCAAACGUAGGUGUCGACAAUCCAGACAGCGAUGGUGUUGAUAUAGCGUCUUUAGUGGGGCGCACGUCCUGGAAUGAUUUUCAGUCAUCGACCGCAACAAACGGCACAGGCGACCCGGCAAUACAUGAUGAGAAUCCACUUACUGAGACGGCGCAUGCGCCGGAUGUAUUCGUUUACAAGCUUGCUGAUUGCUAUGGUAACAAUCAUCGAUUUACGAGCUCUGCUGUGUCGGUAAAGGAGCUUCUUGUGGAUGUCCAAAACCGACUAGGCGACAACACGAUUCGCAGAAUUCUAUAUGUCGACGACGAAGGCGAUCAUAUACUACUAUCGAAAGACUCGGACUUGAAGGAUGCUGUCAAUCGAGCACGCACCUGGGGCAACAAGUACAUUCGUUUGAUGAUCCCUCACUACCGCCUUGCCGUACGUCAAGCGCUUGGCCACAACUCAGACACGGCGAUCGGUAUGGUCGUAUACGCUGCAGCUGUGGCCGCGCUUGCUGGCGCAUCAUUCUUUUUGAGCAGGCGGAAGUGA